AUGGCAAUGAUGAAGAGAUGCCUUUGCAGAUCCGGGGAAGACUUCAAAGGACUGUUAAGGACAACCAACAUCCAUCUUUACUCCUAUAAAGAGAUCAGAAGAGCAACGAACAACUUCGACCAUGGCAACAAGCUAGGCAGAGGUGGUUUCGGAACUAUAUACAAGGGAACCUUUGGAGACGGCACUGCAUUUCCUGCCAAGGUUCUAUCUUGUGAAUCUAAACAAGGGAUCAAGGAAUUCCUGACAGAGAUCGAAAGCAUCGGCGAGGCCAAGCAUGCGAACCUCUUCAGCUUGCUGGGCUGCUGUGUCCAGAAGCAAAAUAGGAUCCUGGUCUAUGAGUUCGCGGAGAACAACAGCCUCGAUCAUGCACUCAAAGGUUCAGCGAGCGGAGCAGCGAUUCUCCCAUGGAGCGUGAGAUCGGACAUCUGUAUGGGCACGGCCAGUGGGCUGAGCUACCUCCACGAGGAGCACGAGCCCAACAUCGUGCACAGAGACAUCAAGGCAAGCAACGUCCUCCUCGGCAGAAACUACAGCCCCAAAAUCGGGGACUUUGGCUUGGCGAAGCUGUUCCCGGAUAACGUCACCCAUGUCACCACGCGCGUGGUCGGAACGACCGGAUACCUGGCGCCUGAAUACGUGGUGCACGGGCAGCUGACCAAGAAGGCCGACGUCUACAGCUUCGGCCUCCUCCUCCUCGAGGUCAUCAGCGGCCGGAGGGUCUCGAAGACGAUUCGAUCGGACACGUUCCUCGUGAGACAGGCAUGGCUGCUCUACGAGCAGGGAAGGCCGCUGGACAUCGUGGACGCCAAUGUCAAGGACUACCCGGAGGCAGAGGUGCUCAGAUACGUCAAGGUAGGCCUGGCGUGCACGCAGGCGGCGCCCGACGGGAGGCCGACGGUGCGGCAGGUGGUGAAGAUGCUGUCGCGGCCCGCUGCGUUCCGCGAGCUGGAGAUACGCUUGGCCGACCAUCACUACUCAUCUGCCCUCACAUGUCCUGGCUUGAGCUUGUCACCUCUUUCCUCCAUGGCAACAAGUAGUACGAAUUCUGCCUCGGCCACUUACAGUGAUAUCGUGCCCACGCGUUGGUGGAUCGGCACGUACCCCUCCGCCCACGAGGCCGCGCGUGCCUAUGACGUGGCGGUGUGGCGUGCCGAGAGGCCUCGGUCGCACCUCAACUUCCUAGAGAUCGAGAGUCGGGCGAAAGCAGAGAUGCUUGUGCCGCAGGGCAUCAACAUGAAGAAGAUCACGACGAAGAAGAAGAAGACGAAGAAGCCGUCGGUUGUCGUCAGUGCUGGCGAGACCGACGAGGAGGCGAUGGCGAGGUUUGCUCGGGAGCAUCCGGAGUACGUCCAGGCCGAGCUGGAGUACUACUGA